AUGCCCAUGGAAUGCUGCUCUGUGGUUCCACGCGCGGCGAAAGAACCUAUGGAACCCAUGUGGGAAUCUGUGAGUAUGCAUGAAGAAGUCAAGAACUUGCAGGCCUACAUGGAAAAACAUUUCUCCAGACAAGAGAUCCUUAUGGAGGACCUGACUGAUCAGGUGAAGCAAUGCAUGAAGAGAUUCAGCAAGGAGAACGUGUUUCUCCGUCCCAAAGGGGGUAGAUUUGGAAGCCCAGAGGCCUCCAUGCUAGACAUCAGUCGAAUCGAAGAGAAGCCCAAGCGGCCUCCAAUGGCGCCCGAGGCGACAGUGCUGCGUCAAGAAAGCGAUACUGCCGACAGCGGUCGGCGGGAGAGCGUCUUGACAUCUACAGUUCACAGCCACAACAGAAACAGUGCACGGAUGAGCUUCGCCCGGAAUAUCUUCACAGACCACAUGCAGAAGGCCAAAGACGCUGCAGCCAAAGAGUUUGCCAGCAAGGUCUUUCUGGAUGAAGAGUUAGAAGGUGCUGGAUCUUGUGCUUGGCUGCGAUCAUGUGCGCGUCGCAUUGUGACUGCUCCCAUCACCGCACACUUUGUGAUGGCCCUCAUUCUUCUCAAUCUGAUCUUGCUUGGAGUGGAGGUUGACGUCUCCGCAGGCCUUGGCGCCAACGAGAUCCCCGGUUGGUUCGAUGUGGUGAAUGCCAUAAUCGUCGCGGUUUUCGUCUUGGAGCUGGGCUUAAUGAUGUUGGGCUACGGUCUGAAGAAAUUCUUUUUUGGCCGCGACAGGUGGUGGAACGGCUUCGACUUUGCCAUCGUAACUUUAUCCGCGGUUGAAACCCUGGUUCAACUGUGGGCUCCAGGUUUGUUGGCUGAGAUGCGCUACAUGCGUUUCCUCCGCCUUGCUCGGGCACUGCGGGGUAUGCGGGUGGUGAAGCUCCUGCGAUAUGUGAGCGCCUUGAAAACGCUGAUCUUCUCCAUCAUCAGCACCACCGGCUCGCUGAUGUGGACCUUGGUGCUUCUGCUUCUGAUCUUCUACUGCUUCAGCGUCAUUUUGACCCAGAUCGUCACGGACUUUUGUCGCGAGCAAACGGUGAACUUGUUGGGCGACGACAACGCCGUCCCACGCUGCCCUCCUGAGCUACAGAUGUAUUGGUCCAGCAUUCCAGAGAGCAUUCUGACGCUCUACAUGGCCAUCUCGGGUGGUGUGUCGUGGAUCGAGCCGCUGCAGCCCUUGCGGGAGGUAGUUACUGGCGUGCACCUCGGUUGCAGGAGUCAGAAGCAUGGGGUUGGCAGGUUUUGCCACACGGCCAUUGAGUCGGCCACAGCGGACAAAGAAAUCGUGGUGAUGAGUCAGAUGCAAAAGCAGGCAACACAAGCGGCAGCCUUGCGCGACAUGUUCAAAGAAAUCGAUGGGGACGAUUCUGGCAUGGUGAGCGUACAAGAGUUGAAAGCUGCGUUGGAGACCAGCAAGAUGUCCAGCUUCUUGGAAUCCAUGGACAUCUCCACCCAGGAUCUUGCAACCCUUUUUUGUCUGAUUGACAGCGACCAGAAUGGCCUGAUCGACCUUGACGAGUUUGUCUCCGGAUGUCAACAGCUGCAUGGACCUGCCAAGAGCAUACAGAUUGCACGGAUGAGCCACGAGAACAAGGUGACGCGGCAAACCAUCAAGAAACUCAUCGCCGAGAUUCACGAGCUGAAGGGAGAGGUCCAGCAAUGGAAGCGCGACGUUUCAAUUGCUGAAUCCCUGGAACCUUUCGGCGACCAAAUAAAGGAAUGA